UUGGGGUGACCUGAAAGAUGGUGGAUAGGAAUGACUUUCAGUUCAAGCGAGGAGUGAGUAAAUGUCAAAUAAGACACAUGAAAAGUACUGAAAGUCAUCCACCGUGCUCAGUAACAACAACAUCUCACCUCGUCUUGAAGCAGUUGGGCUGUGAGAGAGACUCUGGGAGUGAGACUGAAACAGGAUCCCACAUGAGUCCUCUUACGUGACUUCCGCGGAAGCAGACAUAAGUGAAAACAGGAGAUUAACACGACGCAUCAAACAAAAGCAGAAGGUGAAACAAGUCUUCAUGAGUGGGAGACGCGGUCAACACAAGUUUAAUAUUCUUCAGCGAGAACUGGAGACGUACAGAGGAUUGAGGAAGACUCCAUACAGGAAGUACUGGAGGCACAGAAACACCACCUGUGUGGACGUCAGAUCUCAGUCAGCUGCUGUCAUUUACUAUGUUGACCGUCUCAUUGCUCCUGCUGCCGUUGCUCCUCUCCUCUCCUCCGGUCUCCUCCUCUCCUCUGGCCCAGGAUGAGUCGGUGUGCGCCAGGACUCAGUGUGGAGCAGGCCGAGAGUGUGUAUCCAAUGACAGAGGAGAACCAGUCUGUCGCUGUCUUCAGCGGUGUGAUGACGUGGAGCACUGGGUUUGUGGCAGCAACGGCAAAUCCUACAGAAACCACUGUGAGCUGCACCGAGACGCCUGCGUCACACACACCAAGAUACAUGCAGAGCACAGAGGACGCUGUCAGGAGAAUCCAACAAAGACGGACGUGAGCCCCAUCGUGUGCUUCCUGUCUGACCGUGAUUGGCUGAGAGAGAGAGUGAUCCAGUGGGUUCAGGAGGAGGUCGGAUCCGACGACCUGACCUCCAACGUGUCGUCAACUAAUGAGAUUCUGCAAACGUACUUUAAGAUGUACGACGACGGGGAUUCAGAGCUCGACUCCAAAGAGUUCCUGAACUUCCUGAAACAUAAUGAAACAGCCCUCAACCUCACGUACUCCGACACUCUGGAGAUGAACCUGCUGCUGAGGUCUCUGUGUGUUGAUGCUCUGAUCGAGCUGUCGGAUGAAAACGCAGACUGGAAGCUGAGUUUAACUGAGUUCGUCAACUGCAUGACACCCACCUACCAUCCAUACGAGAGAAAGUGUGCUCUGGAGGACGAGGUGUUCGAGGACGGAGCUGAAACUCAGAUGGAGUGUAACAAGUGUGUGUGUGCCUGCGGAAACUGGGUCUGCACCGCUCUCACCUGCACAGGAGAGCACCAGGUGAAGGAGGAUGUUGAGGAAGGAGCAGAAGAGGAAGAAAUGACGGAAGAGGAGUGGAGCAGGAGAGUGGCUGAACUCAACGCUGUACAGGAGGAGAGUCACUAAAAUACUUUGAAACGAGAAUGUCACCAUGGAGACGUGAGGUCACACCCACUGCUCCCUCACCAGCCAAUCAGCAGCUGAGUUUUCCUGAACUACGGUUAACAGGAGCAUCUCAUUACAAACCCAUAAAGUUUUCAUACAGAGAAUAUUUUCCUUCUUGACAGGGUUAACAUAAGUAUAAAACUGUUUUUCUGCAGAAAUUGCUUUUUUUUACAGUAUAUUUUUAUAUAUCCGUACACAACAUAUUCAACAAUAACAUUGUUUGGCGCCUCAGUUUUUUAAUGGUCAACGUUUACGUGUGAUUCUGUCGUUUUUUAAAUUAUUAUUUAAGAAAAAGAUAUUUAAUUUUAAGUCACUGUAAGAAAAUUUGGAAUACUGAUCACGGAUUAAGUUUGUCAAUGUUAUUUUUAGAAGCUGGUGAGACACUCAUGGUGUUGAUUAAGAUUCAGAAUUAAUAAUUUAAUUGUUAAUGAAUUAUUAUAUUUUGUUGUGAAGUUCUGAAGUUGAUGCUGAUUUUUUUUUCUUUACACACGUUGCUCAAAG